GGGAUCGGUAGCGGCCGAACGUCGACUUGACCCCGGAAGUAAGCAGAAGGACCGUGGCGGGUGACAAGCUGCGGCGGAGUCUCAGAUAGCAGAGGCGGCGGCUAUGUUUCACUUCUUCCGAAAGCCUGCAGAAUCCAAAAAGCCCUCUGUGCCAGAACCAGAAGCAGAUGGAUUUGUCCUCUUAGGAGAUACAGCAAAUGAAAUGAGAUGUAAAGCUUCUGAAGCAGAAGGCAGCCAGUCUUUGGAGACCGGCAAAGAAGACACAUCCAGCGUGACUGUAUCAGGCACCGAGACAGGAAAUCAGGCAGGCCAGACUCUGGAGAACAACUCCCUGACAGCUGAGCUCCUGAGCGAUGUGCCCUUCACACUGGCCCCACAUGUGCUGGCGGCGCAGGGCACCAUCAGCGACCUUCCUGACCACUUACUCUCAUAUGAUGUCGGCGACAACUUGUCCCGAUUCUGGUAUGAUUUCACUCUUGAAAAUUCAGUCCUCUGUGAUUUGUAGUCUUUGUGUCUAUGCAUACCCUAGCAGCUUUAGAGGAAAUAAGACUGCCUAUUCUAUUGAACCUGUGUGAUGCUCUUUGUCAUUUCAUUGGUGGAGGCCUUGAGGCAAGCAAGGAUCAUAAAAUAAAUAAAAUAGCAUCAUGUUCAUGGUUUUAUCUUCAGAAUCAAGUGAAUUUAUAUAAAAAUUAAAGUCAAUGUAAUGAAUGGAACUGACUUUAGAAAAAAUAUGAAUUCAGACCACUCAUAUUUCCCCAUGUGAUAAAACUCCAAUUGUUGAGAUUAUGAGAGGCACUGGGUGUUUUUGCUGACACAACAGUGAAAGAGAAACAAGACUUCCCUCCCUCCCUCUGUUACCUAGGCUCAGCAACCUGAGCCUAGAGCAUGUGUGAAGGCCCUGGGGUUCAGAGGAGGUUAUGGUGGUAUGCAGUUACUCUCACAGUGUUUAUGAAUGAGGUCACACCACUAGGGAAAUUUGAAACCUCUUCGAAACACCAGCCCUUCUUUGCUGAUUCAAGACUAAGGGGGAUGCUUUGGUUUUCUUAGACUCAUGUGGCCCUCUCCACCCUCCUGAAGGUUUGCUCUGUUCCUUCUUUGUUCUCAUCCCUGCUGGGUGUGGUUGAAGCCGUUUCUAGAGAACUGUCCCGUUGGGUUAUCCUUCCUUACCACGUAUGUUCCCAGUUUGUGGGUCUGCUUCUGCUUUCGCCUCUUCUGCUUCCUAGAUCACUGCUGAUAAGCCCUGGUUAGAAGUGUGUUGGCCACAGUACAGUGGCAGUGUUUGACUGUUAAACACACUCAGCUCAAUGAUGUUCCAAUUAGAGUGUAGGGAGACACCCAGAUAGGACUAGAAUGCCCUCUGUUUAUUCCAAGUAAAACUGAGCAGGACUGCUGUUGGUCAGUACACUACAAAGAGAAUUGGUAUAGAGUAACAGGGCCAUGGUUUUUUUGCCAUGAAAAAUUUAAGUCAUUUCUUUUGGUUAGUUAUAAUUUAUUAAUUCUGUGCCAAAGUUUUUUAAGUAUAUUUUUUCACAAAGAGAGAGUAUCAGGAAAACUAAACACUGUGCAGAAAAGAACAAGAAUUUUUCUAAUUUUAAUGUGCUCUGCAUAUUCAUUUAAUAAAUUUGGUGUGGUCUUCAUAAAAGGUACUGUGGUUUAAAGUUAAAGGUACAUUUGUGAUGACAAAAGUAUACUUCAUUUACAAUUAACAUGACUGUGUGAGAUUAAAGAUUCAAUUGGGUCUUUAUAUAGUUUUCAUAAAACAUCUACAUAGGAAAUAUGCCUUAUUUUUGACACAAAUGUAAACAUUUUGUAGCAUUUCUGUGAUGGUACAUCCUUUUUAACUAUCCAUGUUAAUGUACUCUCAAAAUUGAAUGUAAAGAGAUUGUUCUUUUGCUUAAAAUAUGUGAAAAUUUAUAUAAUUAUACAUUUCAUUUAUAUGUAUGUCUUCCGUGUUACAAAUGUGCUUGUAAGUACUGUUUGUCUAAAAUUGUUAUAUUUAAAGAAUAUUGAAAAUAAAUUGAAAUAAAUGUUUUGAUUGUUUUCAUAUCCA